AUGACAACACAGUAUCUGAACCGAGCAAAGCAAGCGGCCUUAGCCUCAAGCGGGGCCGGACAUUUGGCGCCGCUCUUCGGUCCAGCGGGCGAUGCUUGCCGACCCAGUAAAGGUGGGCCUUACCAAUCCGGCGCCAAGGCCGUGGGACGCCAGGGCUGUGGCUGCUGUGCUAGCUGUCAGCAGCAGCAGCAGCAGCAACAACAGAUGGGGCCUCAAGGUUCGGGCACUCUGGCUUUCACAUCGCAACUCUCAGGUCUCCCAGUGCCCGAACACCCAUCCGGCGCCUUUCCCAACUUUAAUUACGUCAUGGUCCCCCCUCAGGAGGCCGGUGGCUGUAGUCAGCCGUGUGGAGGCGGUGGGAGACCUCCCUACUUUCAACAGCAGUCCUCACCGGGACAACAAUUGCCAUGGCAACAGAGUGGAGCACCGCAGCAGCCACCACCACAGUUUCCGUUCAACCAGGGCCCACCUGCGGGUGCACAGUGGCCACCCAUGGACGCCCCACCCUCGACGUGUCAAUGCGGACGUUGUGCAGGCGGCGGUGGUGGUGGCGGUCCGGCUGGUGGCAUGACAAUGACGAACUUAUUCUAG